AUGUACCGCGCAGAUGGCCAUCAGGACAUCAACAACCAGCUGCAGGGCUUCUACAUGCCACCGCCCAGGUGAAUGAGGGCAGACACACAUGGCAGAUCCAUCCAUCCAUCCACCCUUCCAUCCCAACUCGUGUUUUCCAUCCGUCCAUCCAUCCGUCACUGGCAGGUUCCCUCAGGCGUUCCGCCCCUUCCCUCCCCGCCCCAGACCUCCCCCGGCCUUCCCCUCCGUUAGCCCCGCCGUGCAGACGCUCCUCGACCAGCUUCCCGUCGACGACCGACCCGACUACCUGCCCAUCUGUCCCAUCCUGCAGGACGUCCCCCGACAGCCCGUCGUCACCAUCCACGGCGACAACCACAGCGGCUUCCAGCUCGGUCACACCUACGAGCGGCCGUGUCUGAUGCAGUGGCUCAACAGCAAGGGCUUCUCGCCCAUGAGCAAGCGGACGCUGACGGGGAGCCGUGUGGCGAGCAACCAUGAGGUCUUGUCGCGGAUUGAGGAUUGGGGGCGGCAGCAGCUGCGUCUGCGGGGUGGAGGUGUGGGUGAAGAUGGAGAGGGAGAGGGAGAGGGAGAGGGAGGAGAGGGCAAUGAGGGUGAGAGGGAUAAGGUUAGUGGGGGUGCUGGGAGGAGUAGCUCUGCUGCCGCUGCGGCGGCGGCGGCGGCAGGUGGUGGUGGUGGUGGUGUUGCAGUCGGCCACGGCAACAGGGUUGAGAUAGGUACCGUCAUAAAAGGGUCGCGGAUGAGGUAUCUGUGUUGCAUUGUGUUGUGUUGUCUUGUCUUGUUUGUGGGGCGCGGUCAGAUCUGACUCUGUCGCCGGCGCCGAACAUCCUUCGGCCUGGUCCAGCAGCAGCUGCUGCUCCGGCUGCUGCAGACUACAACCCACCGGUACGCACAAGAGGAUAUUCUCCUGUGGGUGGGUGUGCAUUCCAUUCACUGGUCCUGCCUCGCUGUGUGUGCUGCGUCUGUUGCGUCUGUCUGGCAGGUUGACGACUCGUCUGACGAGCUGUUGGCGUCGCUGCUGCAGGAGGAGCUCAAUGCCGAGGCCAUGAAUCCUCCCCCCCACCAUCAAGCUGCUGCUGCGGGGGUAUAACUAAGGGCAUUCGAUUUCCAUCCAUUGAGUCAUUGAUCAUGUUUGCGCAUCCAUCCAUGGUUCCUGCCUGCCUGGCUGCUUUUGGACUGUCAGCGCCUGUUGGAUCAGCGCUCGCUGGGUCCGGCGGGGUUCCGCCCGCCGUUUAGGCACUUCCGCCCCGUCCGCAUCAGGCCGCCACCACGGCCAUUCGUACGCAAUGCACCCACGCCACACUCUAACGCACCAUACGCCCUCUUGUGCAACGCUGUUCUCUUUGGUCUGGUGUGGCGUGUGUGCGUGUGGGCAGCGCCCUCCUCCCGUCAUCCCCCCCUGGGCGCAGCGCAGGCAGCGGACGUACGGUGAGGCCGCUGGGGCUCCUGGCGGUGAUGGUGGUGUUGGUGUUGGUGUUGGUGUGGGUGCGGGCAAUGGGCAGCGCAAUGUGCGGCCGCGGCAUGAUUGAUUGAGAGGGGGAAGGGGGGCAUAUGUAGCGAAUGGGUGAGUGCUUGCAUCAGUGGAUGGUUGUGUAUAGCUAGCUGCCAUGGUAUAUAUAUCCUGAUGGAUGGGUGGCGUCACUGGCGUGCAUGUUGUUGAUCUAGUUGUUGAUCCAUGCGUGAGUUCCCCCAAACGCCCAACCACACAGUCAACAAAAGGGCAAAGUCAAACUGAC